AUGUCUCGCAUAACUGAAUUAGAAAAAUGCAAAGGUUCAGAGAAGCCAACUGUUGCAACAGGACACCUUGACCCCAAAAGUGUUAAAGGCGAAGGAGAUCCAGGAGCUCCAAAAGAUAAAAAAGUUUCAGAAGAUACAACAAGACCAACAGAUUCAGCAGUCGUAGCAAGCUCAUCGAGUUCAUCAACUACUGUAACAACAACAACUGCAGUAACUGCAACAAAACCAGUAACAACUGCAACAACAGUAACUGCAACGCAACCAACAGUAACAACAACUGCAUCAACUGCAUCAACUGCAUCAACUGCAUCAACUACACCAAGUAAUGUAACAACAACAAGUACACCAUCUACAUCCACUAAAACAAGAACAGUAACUACGCUAAGUACAAGUAGUUCAGGAAGUCAAGGAAGUUCAUCAUUUUGGUCAGGUUUUUCGAGUUUAUUUAGUCCAUCAAGGCCAAGAACUUCAGAACGAACAUCAUCUUUAGCGGCAUCACAAACUUCGUCAAGUUCAAAAGGUACAUUGAGUGCAAGAGUUGUAGAAAGGCCAGUGACUACAACAAGUGCAUCAAGUGUAAAAGAUUCGACGGUUACAGUAACCACAGAUACACGAAGUGCAGCAGGUUCAAUAAGCUCAACAGGUCAAGUAGGUCAAGGAGGAUUAACACGUGCACAUGCUGCAGCAGCCGUAACUGAAAAAUCUUUGAGUCCCCCGUCUCAAGGAAGCCCUGGGUACGCUCUUAACCCAGUAUCAUCAAAUAAUUUAAACAUUGGGGGAGAUGCAAACCUUGCGACCAUUACGGAUGUUCCUGGUAGUUCAGAAACGUUAUAUGAUAAGUUAGACUCAAAUACUAUUAAAAAUAUUAUCAUGGCUGCAGCAGUACUUGGAAUAAUAUUCUUCCUUUUCUACUACAAUAGGUCUUCUCGAAUAGAAUCAAGUAUUAAGCCAAAAAAACGGAAAAAAAAAGCAUUCGAGCAUAAUUAUUACGAAGAGUAUGAAAAGGAGUUAGCGAAGUAUGAAUCAGAGAAUGAGUCUUUAGAUUCUCUAGAAGAUCGAUAUUAUUUGACUUAUCAGCCUGACCAAGACUCUUACUACUAA